AUGGCGGUUCGGUGGGUGCUUCUGGUGUUGACAUAUGCCAUGGUGUUUGAUUUGGCUAAUUCAUAUGAUCGCCCACCUGCGAGCAAGUCCCUAUUCGUCUCUCUCUCCAGAGAUCUUGAUUCUACUUCUCCACAACAGGUGCAUAUAUCUCUGGUUGGUAAAGACAAGAUGAGGGUUUCGUGGAUUACUGAAUCCCCAACUCCGGCAACAGUAAAGUAUGGUACAUCUCCGAGGUCGUAUGAAUUGUCUGCGAAUGGGAGUACGACUUCCUACCAUUACUUGUUGUAUCAGUCCGGGGAAAUACAUGACGUUGUCAUCGGUCCAUUGAAGCCAAAUACAGUUUAUUACUACCGUUGUGGCUUGGAUUCAUCCCCUGAAUUCAAUUUCAAAACUCCACCAGCACAAUUCCCUAUCCGGUUUGCCAUUUCAGGUGAUCUUGGACAGACAGAGUGGACUAGCUCCACCAUUCAGCACAUUGCAAAAUCAAACUAUGAUAUGUUGCUCCUACCAGGGGACUUGUCAUAUGCUAAUGGAGACCAGAAAUUAUGGGACUCGUUCGGACGGUUUGUUCAGCCACAAGCAAGCCAGAGGCCAUGGAUGGUGACACAAGGCAAUCACGAGAUCGAGAAAAUCCCUAUAAUCCAUCGUCACAAGUUUACAUCCUAUAAUGCAAGAUGGCGUAUGCCAUUUGAGGAGAGUGGUUCCGAUUCCAACUUGUACUAUUCCUUUGAUGUUUCUGGUGUCCAUGUGAUCAUGUUGGGAUCGUACACUGAUUUUGAGCCCGGCUCAGCACAGUAUAGGUGGCUUCAAACCGACUUGAGGAAGGUAAACAGGAGCGUGACACCGUGGGUCAUUGUGCUUAUCCAUGCACCAUGGUACAAUUCUAAUACUGCUCAUCAGGGGGAGCGUGAAUCCGUUGGGAUGAAGGCAGCCAUGGAAGAUUUACUUUAUGGAGCUCGCGUUGAUUUCGUUUUUGCAGGACAUGUCCAUGCCUAUGAGCGCUUUACUCGCAUUUACAAGGAAAAACCAAACAAUUGUGGUCCAGUACAUAUCACUAUUGGAGAUGGUGGCAAUCGCGAAGGCCUUGCCAGCGAGUAUAUAGACCCGAAACCAAACGUUUCAGUUUUCAGGGAGGCCAGUUUUGGCCACGGCCAACUUGAGGUGUUGAAUGCGACCCACGCUAUCUGGACAUGGCACAGAAAUGACGACAAUGAAGCAACUCCAUCUGAUACAGUCUGGUUAAGAAGCCUCGCAUCAGAUCCAGCUUGUAAAGCAGGUCCUGCACAAUGA